UGUUCAUGUUUGUUAUGGUUUACUGGGCAGGUAUUGCAAGUGUGAGAUGCCUUACAACCCUGAUGACCUAAUGGUUCAGUGUGAAGGCUGCACUGAUUGGUAAGUUGGAUGCUUUUUGAAGAUAUUCACUUCCCUUUGGCAGUUUAACCUCUGUGGCUCUUUUCUGUAUGUUACAUGUCAGGUAUGGUAAAUGGUGGAUGAUUAUUUUUAUGAGGGUGUUUGAAUUGUCCCAGAUGAGUUCUCUGUGGGUGUUUCUGUUACAAGUUUCAUCCUGCUUGUAUAGAAAUGACCACUGAGGAUGCCAAAAAACUUGAACACUUCUUCUGUGGAAGUUGUUCGUCUGAAAGUCAGAAGUUGCAGAACUCCCUCAGUGCUUCCAGACACCCAGAUACAAAGGAAGAUGGGAAAAAUUAUAAUUCUUUAUAAUUAUAUAUCAGUUCGUGGUGCAUUGAUGAAUAACAGGAAUGUGCACUAUAAAAAUGAGCUUCUUAUCAGAGCGGGAACAAUCUUCAAAAGUGGUUUGACUAUCAUUCUCAGUACAUGGUCUCAUUUUUGCACUUCAUUCCACUUGUUGUUCAUUGGAUGGAUGGACAUUUAUAAUGCAUGCUCCUACAGUGAGUAAUUGGGUUCAUCCCAUGACGUGCUUUAUAUGUUUCCAAGCUUUAAAUUUCUGAAUUGGAAAGAUUUCAGAGUUAUAAGGCGCUCUUUCAUGUCUAGAGAUGUUCUUUAUGGAAUCAUGGCAUAGUUUUGUGGAACGGUGACCCUGUGAGAGAGAUUUAGUUAUCUGCAUACUAGGGAGUUGCCCUAGGGGCUAGGUUAAUGGUUUUAGCUUAAUUAUAUGGUUAAGCUUCUUCAUUGAACUGCCUUACUGAUAUUACCUAUAAAAUUUCCCUUUUAGGUCUGUAUGUUGUUUGUGACCAUAUGACAUUAACGUAUGUGAUGGUGGUGUAUCAGGUUGACACGAAGCGGCGUCGGAGGUGACAGCACAUUGAAGUAGAAUCGUAAUCGAGAAACUGGUGGUUCUUCUGUCUUCAAUUCACAAAUUGUACAGAUUGUGAUGCAUAUAUCUGUGUCUCCCUAUUGUACUAAUGGUUGACAGUAACUGGCCUUGAAACCUAUCAUGUUUGUAUAGUUUGGGGGUCUCAGUUAUCCAGUUAGCCGACUAAGGUCGAGGAUGUGUUUAGUCUGUCUUUAAUCAUGUAAUGUAGGUUCUGUCCAUCAUUAGAUAUGAUAAAUUAGGUUGUGUAUAAUCAGACUCAUUUUAACUUACGAUUUUAUGAAAGAGCAAUAGAUACCUGGGUCUUCA